AUGGCAAACUAUGAUAUUAUGAAUUACGAAGAUGAACUUUUUGAAAACAAAAACGAUGUCACUGAUCUACAAGCUUACUAUAUGACGCAAUUCAAUAUGGAACUAGAACAUGGCAACAAGAAAACUAAAGAUGCUUUUAAAUUUGGUACCGAAGAAAGUUUCGAUUUUGAAGUCUUAAGCGAAUGGAAUGAUGCAGGCAACGCUGCUACUAAUUUUGAAUCAAUAGAUAAAGUUAUUGAAAGUGAUAUGAAUGAAGUUAAAAUUAAAGAAGUAUUGUUAGACUUAGACAGUAUAGAAUUCGAAGAACAAGAUUUAGAAUUGAAUUCUUAUAAAACUGACGUAGAACAGAAAACUUAUCAGAGCAAUGAUUACAUAGAUGAUGAAUCAUUGAUAGAUGAACUUUGUAGAGAGGAUGGAGAACCAUGCAGAUUAACACCAGAGAACUUUAAUGAGGAAUUUUUCUCCAUAUCAACAAAUGCUAAACAUAUGCUACCAUCUAUUGAGACAGUAUUUUCAAAACGAUACUGUAAUUAUAACAACAUAGAGGAAACAACGCAAAAUGUGUUUGACGAAAAUGAAACUAUCAUUCCAAAUAAUAAUGGUUUAGUUAUAGAAAACCUAGAACAUUACAGUUAUCCUAACAAUAUACUUUACAAUCUAGACAAUGAUAAAAAUUAUGUAUUACCCGAUACCCCAACAAGUUGUACUGAAUUUAAUUUUAGUAAUGGAGAAAGGAAGGUAUCCGUUUCCGAAUCUAUAGAGAGCGAUGUACACAAUUCAAAUUAUUAUGACGAAAAUUCAGAAUCGUUUGAUGACGAUGACUUUUUAGUAAAUUUGGAUGACUUCGGUUUAACUUUUGAAAAUGAUGAAGGAGAAUAUACCAAUAAAAAAUGUCAGCGCAUUGAAAGAAGAAGUGAUAAGGAAAAAUCUCAAGGUGACAGAAUCUGUUUUUGGGAGCAGUGCUUUGAGAGACAUCCCAAUCAAAACUCAUUGGUUGAACAUAUUGAACGAGCUCACGUUAAUAGCUAUAAAGGCGAUGAGUUCAGUUGUCUAUGGCGGGACUGCGCACGAGCGCGUCGCCCAUUCAAUGCGCGAUACAAGCUUCUUAUUCACAUGAGGGUACAUUCAGGCCACAAACCAAACAGAUGCAAUCAUCCUGGUUGCGGCAAGGCUUUCUCUCGGUUAGAGAACCUCAAGAUCCACAUUCGAUCACACACCGGCGAACGACCGUACACCUGCCCUGCUCCACACUGCAGGAAAGCUUUCUCCAACUCUUCAGAUCGGGCUAAGCAUCAAAGGACGCAUUUUAAUGCUAGACCAUAUGCCUGUGGUGCUAUCGGAUGCGGCAAAAGAUACACCGAUCCAUCAUCGCUGAGGAAACACGUCAAAUCUCAUCCCCACAUAGCGAACACACCCAGGACUUGCAUCGCACCAUCCAGACCGAUCAGGAGACCAGAACAGGCACAACUAGUGCCAAGCUCACCAGCGAAACUUGCUACUUUGAGAUGUAUCAGGGAUAAACUGACCGUACCGAGAUUGCAAAGAUUAUAA